GAUAUUAACAUGUAUUUAUGUCAGGAGGUAACAAAACAUACUUUUUACUUAUUUAAAUAACAGUUAUAGUAGUUUCAGAACUGGUUGUGUAUGAAGUAUUAAAUACUUCUUAAAGUGUGUAUUUGUGUGUAUUUUCCAGGCAUGUUUGCGUCCUGCUGUAACUGGUUGUGUCUAGACUCUGGUGCUGACGUAGAGCCCGUUGGAGACGAGCGACGUCAUCAGUCCUACACCAACUCAGGCUUCAACAGCCAGCCGUCCCCCCCCACACCCGAACUCACCUGUAAGGCCUGCGGGGGGCGCCUCGACACACCUGCUAAGAAGCAUGUCUGUGUGGACUGUAAGAAGGACUACUGCAGCCGUUGCUCCACCCAGCUGGAGCCCCGCCCCCGCCUCUGUCACACCUGUCAGCGUUUCUACGGCAACCUGCUGGAGCGGGCGGAGCUGAUGAAGCUGAAAGUGAAGGAGCUGAGAGACUACCUGCACCUGCAUGAGGUGUCCACCCACCUGUGCAGAGAGAAGGAGGAGCUGGUGGAGCUGGUCCUCGGGCAGCAGUCCUCCCCGUCCGACGAGUCCGCCCCCGAGACCCUGACCCCUGAUCCCCCCUCUGUGACCUCUGACCCCCCUGACCUCACCCCUCACAUCUCCACCUUGACCCUGGACUCCCCCGCCUCCACCCCCGAGCCCCCGGCCCCACAGCCUGAAGCCCCGCCCCCGCCUACAGAGACCGCCCCCGCCGAGCCCAACGUUCAGGACGAAGACCAGAACUCGGACCCGGGGGAGGUCCCGGUUUCGGGUCGCCGGGCCUCUCUGUCUGACCUGAGAUGUCUGGACGACAUCGAAGCGCUCAGCGUCCGACAGCUGAAGGAAAUCCUCGCCAGGAACUUUGUCAACUACAAAGGCUGCUGUGAGAAGUGGGAGCUGAUGGAGAGAGUGAGCCGGCUGUACCAGGACCAGCAGAACUUACUGGCCGCCAGCGCUGUGAACGCCUCUGAGUCCAGCGGUGUUGGUGGAUCUGCAGGUCCGGAGGAGAACCUCUGUAAGAUCUGUAUGGACUGUCCCAUCGACUGUGUCCUGCUAGAGUGUGGUCACAUGAUCACCUGCACCAAGUGCGGCAAAAGGAUGAGCGAGUGUCCCAUCUGCCGCCAGUACGUCGUCCGAGCCGUCCACGUCUUCCGGUCCUGAGCCAGCAACCCUGACCUGAACCCAGGAUGGUCAUCAAAGGAACAAACUGAAGGGACCGUCUACAGCUGUGUUUUAUUUUGGUGACUAUUUUUCUAGUGUAAAUAUGAAGACGAAUGUAAGAAGUAUCCUUAUGUUUGAACAUAAACACUAAAUGUACAGACCGACUCUUAAGAUUUUAACCUUUGAACUCGUGGCCCAGAGAGACUCUACCAAAGAGAAGCUUCACCUGGACAGGUGAGGAGGGUCCAAUGUCACCACGCGGCCUUUAACUCACUUAUUACAGCCUUUACUCUGUUUACACUGUAAAAAAUAACUCCAUGAAGUGAAGCUAAACCACUUUCCUCGCUGCUUCAGUGUAAUACAAUCUGCUUCAGACCAGCAGCCAAUCAGAGAAAAGACAUCAACGUGUUCAUUAAACUGCCUUAAACUCAGAUUACCAGCAGGAGAAUAACGUCUGACCUCCACACACACACAGUCUGAGCCCUGGCCCCAGCCUCAGGUGAUUGGUGCUGCACCUGUCAAUCAUAGCUUUUACCUUAAGACGUGCAGGUGAGCAGAAAGAUGUGAACGUUGGUUUAAUAGAAACAAAAGAGGACCCAGGACGCGUCCCUGAGGAACUCCAUGUGUUAUUAACAGACAGAACAAGAGGAUUCAGGCAUCUUUACCAGCAGACUGUCUCUGUGUUGUUGAACAGAAACUUUAUCAGUUAAACUCUUUGGUGUGAAGUUGACUUUGUGUCGUCGUAACUCUGAAUGCACUAAUCUGUUGAUGUUUGAACUUUUUCUUUAGUUGAUUUUGUUUUGUUGGGACAAAGAAGAGGAACUUGGUCCAGAGGGACAAUGCAGGAAAUAUUUUUGUUUUGUUUGUUCUUGUGAGAUCAUUAAGGUUUAUUUUUGUUGUGAAUAUGUUAGAUUAGUUUUUCUAAAAUGAUGGUUGGUAUUAACAGCCGUUCUUACUUUGGGAUCACACGUUCAUCUUCAAGUUUAACUUGUGGAGCAUUAGUUUCCCUGUACUUUGAUUCCUCAGCUACAACAUACGUACAUAACGCAAUAAUCACAGUUUUAUUUGAACUCUUCAGGUAUCUGUUAGCAUUGUUAGCUGUCCCUACUGAGACCAACACAGCUGGAAGCUAACGUGCUAGCAUCCGGUUGUUUCUCUCCUCGGUCCAGCAGGUCUGAGUGUUGAGGUUUGUUAAAAUAAAGCAGUUUCUACUUUCUUGAUUGUGUCAUUUGAAUAAUAGUUUGAGGAUCAAAGGGUUCUAACUUGUGACCCACUGGAGGGGUCCCAACCCACAGUUUGGGAACCACUGCCUUAGUCUCAGUGAGACAUGCUAACGCUGAACAUUCUGAUUUUAAUCACACUUCAGAUACUUCGUGAUGUUUUUAAAUCUGGUAAAAAAUGAAAUACUGUACAUUUGAAGAAGCUUUAGUUUUCUGAGUGAAUUUUUGUAAUAAAACCAAAUCUCCGGUUGUG